AUGGCUCUGAAACCAUCUGCUUCCAUGCCAAAACCCUCCAUUCUCUCUCUCAUCUUUCUCUCUCUAACCCUCCUAUUCCUAACCUUAACUUUCCGGUCCCAAAAAAAACUUCUCCUACUCCAAAAUGAGUCCCAACCCCAAGAAACAACUUCCCAUUUGACAACGCAAAAGCCCAGAUGGUACGACGUCGUAAAACAAGAAAUCGAGAGCAAAAAAAUCAAGAUUGGCUUAGUUAACAUGGAUGAUGAAGUCACAACAGAAGAUGAAGCACCGCAUGGAUUAGCAGACUCAUUAACAACAGUAGUUUUCGAUCGUGUGGCAGAGAAUCAUCGGUGGGAAGACUUCUUCCCUGAAUGGAUUGAUGAAGAUGAGAGAUGGCAUGCUCCCAAAUGUCCCGACAUUCCGAUGCCGCAGCAGUUCGGAGACUACGGGGAGCUGGACGUGGUGGUGGCUACGGUUCCAUGUGGGAGUGGUUUGGAGAGAGAAGGUGUCAGGGAUGUGUUUAGGUUACAGGUGAAUUUGGUGGUUGCUAAUCUGGUGACUAGGAGUGGAUCAUGGGAAAGUCAUGAUCGUGAGAUUGAUCGGACGGUGUAUGUUGUGUUUGUAGGGUCUUGUGGGCCCAUGUGGGAGAUUUUCAGGUGUGAUGAUUUAUUGUGGCAUGAGGGGAAUUAUUGGGUUUAUAAACCUGAUUUGAAAAGAUUGAAACAGAAGAUGGUCAUGCCUGUUGGAACAUGCCAGCUUGCUCUUCCUUAUGCAGAGCCAACUCGAGAAGUGUGGAGAAAGUAUGUUGCUGGCUCAAUUGCAAAUGACAGUCUCUACAAAAGAAAAGAGGCCUAUGUGACUGUCCUCCAUUCCUCAGAAGCCUAUGUUUGUGGUGCAAUAGCUUUAGCCCAAAGCAUCAUCCAAACCAACUCCACAAAAGACCUAGUCCUUCUAGCUGAUAACUCCAUUUCUGCAAAGUCCCUGCAAGGUCUCAAAGCUGCAGGAUGGAAAAUCAAGCGCAUUCAACGCAUACGAAGCCCACAAGCAAAGAGAGAUGCAUACAAUGAAUGGAACUAUAGCAAGCUCCAAAUGUGGAGACUCAUCGAAUACGAUAAACUCAUCUUUGUAGAUGCAGAUCUCUUGGUUCUUAGAAACAUGGACGAAUUCUUCAUUUACCCACAAUUAUCCGCGGUUGGAAAUGACAAGUUCUUGUUCAAUUCCGGGGUGAUGGUAGUUGAGCCAUCAGAGUGUACCUACCAAACCUUGAUGAAAAACCGGUUUGCAGUGGAUUCGUAUAAUGGUGGGGAUCAGGGCUUUCUUAAUGAAGUCUUUACGUGGUGGCACCGUUUGCCUUCAAGGUUAAAUCAUCUCAAGAUCUUCAGUAGAGUGCAAGACACAAAACACGAAGUCCCAAAGGAUGUGUACGCGAUACAUUACUUAGGUUUGAAGCCAUGGGUGUGCUAUAAGGACUAUGAUUGUAAUUGGGAUAUGUUUGAUCACCAGCAUUUUGCUAGUGACUCUGCUCACAGGAGGUGGUGGCAAGUUUAUGAGGCCAUGCCGAGGAAGCUGAAACAAUACUGUGCUCUAACGAAACGCAUGAAUGCAAGAAUACAGAAGUGGAGAGAGAGAGCUAAGAAUGCUAGAUUGUCUGAUGGGCAUUGGAAGAUCAAGGUGAAAGAUCCUAGACAGUAUUGCUAGCUUAUGAUUUUUUUUUUUUUUUUUUUCUGGAAAUUCAAGCAAUAUGUAUAAAUUAAAGUAAUAGCUAGCUGCAGUGUUCCAUUGCUUAUGAAGUUUUUAACACAGUAAACAAUGUUUCCUGAAAUCCUCCACAAAAAGAGUUCUCUAGAAGGAAUCAUAUAACACAUUACUGAUUACACAGAAUUAUUUACACACAUGACGAGUCUACUUAAUUUUCACACUAAUGGAGUAUCGGAUCAUUCAAAGCUUUAAAUUCUGGCUGAUAGGGGGAAUUUUUCACGCCGUACUGGACAAGAUUUGGAGUAAUACGGUCGCUGGAUAUGAGUUACAGAGGCCAAGUAAGAAAUGUAACAGUAGUAUGAGUUACGGAGGCUAAGUCAGAUAUGAAGCAUAUUUAUCUAGUGAUAGUCCUCGAGACGGUGAAACUGGAGAGAAGGAAGGCAGCUGUCUUGAAGUAUGCUGAAAUUAGUGAGGCUGCUGAUGGUAACUCCGUCCAAGUAUCAAGUAUCAAGAACAUGUAUGAAAGAUUUAAAAUACGCAUUUUUCUAGUAGUUUAGCUAUCAUAUCAUAUCAAAAUGUUACAAACGUUAUAAUUAUUUCAAACAUAAAAAAUGAAAACUCUGAAGUUAACAAUGAAAUACUUCACAUGUAUGGAGAGAGAGAAUCAAAUUGCAUCCAUUGUUAGGAACUAAAUUUCCUCUCUAAAUCUGAGUUCUGAGAUAGUUGAUA